UACGUGCUUAAAACAGGAUGACCCAACACUUGGGUAAAGGAAUGAGAGUGCAGCAUUAGUGUGCACUUCCGUCCAUUGUGUUACUCCUCACAGACCGCAUGAUGGUUCUGUGGCACCACCCAGACAAGCGGCGAGCAGCUGGGGAGGAGGUGAGGGAUGACGAUGACUACUUCACCUGCAUCACCAAAGCCUAUGAGAUUCUCGGGGACCCCAUCAAGCGACGCUCCUGGGACUCGGUGGACCCAGAGUUUGAUGACGAGGUGCCGGCUGUCAGUGCACACAAUAAGGCAAACUUCUUCCAGAUUUUCACGGGUGUGUUGAGUGCAAUGCUCGUUGGUCCACCCACAAGCACGUUCCUGGCUUGGGCAAACCUGAUGACACCAACACAAAAGGUCAGUCCAGAUUAG